AUGAAAAUAACGACUAGCCUAUUUUUUGUUUUAAUAUUCCUAAUUAUUACAUCAUUUGGUUCAUUAACUUCCGCGCAGCUUCUUGGAGGUCUACUUGAAUUUCUUCUUAGAAUACUGUUUGGGAAUCGUUUACCACAACCGCAAAUUAAGGAGGUUGUAGAAAUAGUAGACAGAAUAAAAAAUUUAUACAAAAUUGAAUUGAGUGUCCAAGAAAUUACAGCAAAAAUAGAAGAAUUGGAAAAAUUUAAGAAAAAUAUUGAAGGAAGCAAAGAAGUUGGCUUUACAUUAAACCAUUUUUUGCCCAUAGAAGAGCAAAUGUUGCUUCUUGGAGGUGGAAUAUCAGAUAGUGAUAUUCCGGAUACUGACGUCAAUGGGGAAGGGGUUCCUGGUGGAGAGUCUCCUCCAGAUCCUCCAGAAAAAAGCAACAAAAAGGAUGAACAUCCAAGAGCAAAAAGAGCAACUUGCGUUCAGAAAAAUGUGUUUAGUUGUAGUGAAAAGUGGUCCGGUUGCGCUCCAAUUAUUAACCGAGUUCAUCAUCAAGGUCGAUGUGCCAGCUGCUGGGCUAUAGUCCCUUCUACUGUCUAUACAGAUCGUGUUUGUAUUGCAAGGGCAAAAUUGAAACAAUCUACACCCAAUAAUGGCAGCUAUGUAUUUUCGGCGCUUGAUAUUCUUUCUUGUUCCGAUGCUGGUGAUUGUGCUUCAGGCUCUGCUUAUAAAGUUUGGCUAUGGUUGAAAAGUAAGGGAGUGUGCACAGGAGGUGAUAAUGUAAAUAAGGGUGGAUGCAAGCCUUAUCCCUUUACACAAUACGGGAAUGCUGCUUCGCCACAAUGUGAUAGUUCAUGCACUGCACCAUGGAAUACUCAUUAUUUUAAUGAUAAACGACAUAUAUCAAGAUAUGAUGCUUUUGGUGGGAAUGGUAUUACUACACAAAAUAUAAUUAAAGAACUUGAAGCAAAUGGACCUGUUGUAGUUAUACUUAAAGCCUAUUCUGAUUUGUAUGCACAUAAGGGAGGAGUUUAUUAUAAAAGUCAAGAUGCUGUAUUUAGAACAAAUCAUGUCGUUUCAAUAGUUGGGCAUGGAAUUGAAGUAUGUGAUAAUAAAGAAACCCCAUAUUGGAUAAUCAAAAAUUCUUGGGGCACAGAAUUCGCUGAAAGUGGAUUUUUCAAAAUACGUCGUGGAGUCAAUGAAUGUGACAUUGAAAAUACUCAUUUAUCUUACGUUACUCCAAGAGUUUAA